UGCAUAAAGUUCCAAUCUUUGUUCAAUAGUUCAACACCCUGUUUGGUUGGUGGAAAAAAAAAUGCAUGAAAAUGUAGAUAAAUUUAGAAAUUUUUCUUUGAGAUUCUGUUAUUUCAUGGUUUUGAAGGGAAUUAUGAUGAAAAUUUGGUUGCUUUAAUGUGAUGUGAUGGUGACAAUGAUCCAUUUUUUUUUCUUCUUUGAUUGCAAAAAAUUUGAUAAAGUUUCAAUCUUUGGUUCAUAAACUUGUUUGGUUGGGAGAAAAUCCUGAAAAAUUAGAGGAAGUUUGAGGAAAAUUUGGUUGCUUUAAGGUGAUGUGAUUCAUUUCUUUCUUUUUUUAUAUGCAUGAUUUGAACAAAGUUUCUAUCUUUGUUUGGUACUUGGUUGGAUUGAGGAGAAAAUUCUGACAAAGUAGAACAAACUGUUGAAAGUUUGCUAUUAAGUUCUUUAAGAAGAGAUUUUCAUGGGGUUUUGAAGAAAAUUUGGUUGCUUUUAGGUGAUGUGAUUCAUUUCUUUCUUUUUACUGUGCACAGUUUGCAUAAAGUUCCAAUCUUUGUUCAUAAUUUGAUACCAACAAAACAUUUCAAGAAUUAUUCAACCUCAAAGCUUUUCCUACUUUUCUAAGUUGUUUUCAGAAUUUGGUCACAAAAAGUUUCUUCUUUUUCUUCUGUGAAAAUUAGGGUGUCUUAGAUUAGAUCUAUUGAUCUUUCCCAAGGGUGUUCUUGAAUUUGGUAGAUUUGGUUUAGUUGAUCUAAUUUGUUUUCUUUUUUAGUAUCAUCUUUGUAAGUUCUUUUAUCUUAAUUUUCCUUCCAAUCUUGAUUCGGGGUUUUGGGGAGUUGGGAUUCAUGGAUUCUCCUUUAGAGUUGCAUAAUUUACUUUACACUCAUGAGGAAAUCACUUUUUUUUUUUUUUUUUUUUUUUUAACUUUUGAGGAAAAAAGCAACAGGCUUCUUUCUUUUCAUCAAACAUGUCAUGUUGGAAGUACGCUAGCGCCUUUUUUUUUUUCUUUGAGUCAAAACAUGAGUGAAAAUCUUUCUUGUCAUUCUUAUAUUUCUGAUCCAAUUGACUGUUGAUUCUUAUGGUUUCUGAAAAUGUGAUACCUUAAAGUGCAUUUUUGGAACUUGCUUUUCCUUUGUGUAUUUAAUGCGUUGAAAGCUUUUAAAUGAUUGAGAUCUUGCCAUAUUCUGGAAAUUAUUAAUUAUUAAUUGGAGGGAAUAGCUUCUUUUAAUUAUGAAAUUAAGAUCAGACUUUCUUUGCAUGUUGUUGGACUGGAUAGUUAAAAUUUUAUGCUUUCACUCCAAAUUACCUGUAAUUUUGAGGAUAUUGCGGCAGUUGAAGUUAUGUUUACAAAUUUAAGAUUAAUCCUUUCUAUAACCAUUACGUAAGUAGAAUUCGGCUUAAAGUUCUGCAUUCUUCUAAGAUUUUUCUCUUACACUGGAAUUAAUGGAACUCUGGGCAUUCUGUUUUAUUGCCUUUUCUGUUCCGUGAUUUUCUUAUCUUUUGUGCUUAACUUCCAAUACUUUUACCUCAAUAUCUUGAUUCAUGAUUUGAGAUCUUGCAGGUUUCUUUUUUAGAUUAUUUCGCGUACUUGGCCCUGCUUGGCUGGAGGGAUGUAUAGAUAUGAUGUUUUUAUACUGUAAAGUUGAUCAAAGACUGCUGGUUUUUUGUGUUUUUUGAAUGCUUACUCCUAUGGUUUCUGAGUUAUGGUGAGGUUAGAUUAUGGAUUUAAUGGCUAUCAGGUGCCUCCUAUUCCUCGAGCUACCAGAUCAGCUAGGGGAAGGGGAAAUAUUAAGAAGAAAUCCGAUAGCAAUGAAAUGUGUGCUUUUGACUUGUUGACUACUGUAGCCGGGACGUUACUGCUGGAAGGAGAAAGCACUUCAAAUUCUAGCGGGAAAGAUCGGUGUGCAGUUGUGAAAGAUACUACAGAGACCGUUAAGGAAGAUGAAGAUACAUCUUUAAAAGAAAAUAAAGGUUUCUUUAUUUCUCAGAUUGUCGCAGAAGCUCCUGUGGUAAAUCAUUGUUUAAGCAAAUCGACAGAUACGUUAUCCAGACCAGCAUCUGUAAUUACAAGUUCCGAUUGCUCGGAGAAGUUGGAACAAUUCAUAAAUGGUGAAAGCAAAAUCGAAAACAGAAACUGUUCUAGUAAGGUAGAGCAGGAGGCAGAUUUUUCUAGUUGUACAUUAGGCGCUGAAAGUGAAAAACAAAUGAAAAUCAAUCCGUUAAAUGAUGCAAAGAUUUCAACCAAUAAGAGGGCUUUUUCUGAUCUUUGGGAUAGGAAACGUUCAAUGCUUGUUGCUUCGGACAGUACUGUAAAAUUAUCUCUUUCAAGGGACCCUGAUCCUUCUGGGUCCUUUCCGGUGAUCCGGUAUAAUGAUGUACAGUUAGCUAACAGAGAUGAUGACGAAAAAUCUUGCGGGUCCACUCAACCUAGCACCCCAAAUAAGGCCUUCAGGCCAGCACCACGUGUCAAUGUUGAUAGUGAAACAAGGCAUGUGUACCAGAACAGGAAAAAUGGCCACACGACCGAAAGGUCUCAGAGGGAUUUUCCUUUCAAGAAAAGGAAGCUCUAUUAUUGUAACUCGUUGUCCAAUUCCGAUGGAGGGAGUAGUGAUGGAAUAUGUAGUUCUCCGGCAAAAGAAUUAAAUAGAGAUACAUCUGGUUAUAGUCUAGCAUCUUCAGGAGCCCGUGCAGCAGCUGGGACAUCAAUUACCAAAGGAGCUCGUGCACCCUUCAGGUCUAAUGACUCCCAUGUGAAGCUCAAGAUCAAGUCUUUCAGAGUUCCUGAGCUUUUUGUUGAGAUUCCAGAAAAUGCAACUGUCGGUUCUCUAAAGAGGACGGUAAUGGAAGCAGUGACGGCAAUACUUGGCGGUGGGCUCCGCAUUGGUGUAGUUUUUCAGGGUAAGAAGGUUAGAGAUGACAACAAGACCUUAUUUCAGGCUGGAAUUUCACAUGAUGACAAACUUGAUGCUCUUGGUUUUACCCUGGAGCCUAACCCUUCUCGAGCUUCCGCACCUCUAGGUCCAGAAGGUCGCUCUUGUGUACCUCCUUGUGAGACACCUCAACCACUAACAAGGUGCUCGCCUGCUCCUACUAUUAUUCGUAAUGGCAUACAACAGGGGACAUAUAAUGCCUUCUCGGAUCAUCCAGGAACAAAUUUUAGUAGCUUCAUCGAAAGCGAUCACGAUUCAGCUCCAUCCCCUCCUGAUGCCUCACUGGGGGAGAAAAAUGCUGCAAAUUCAAAAGCAUUGGUUCCAGUUGCUGCAAUGGAUGCAGAAGCCUUGGCUGUAGUUCCAAUGCGAAAGCCCAAGCGAUCUGAAACCGCGCAGCGUCGGAUCCGCAGACCUUUUUCUGUUUCUGAAGUGGAAGCACUUGUUCACGCUGUUGAGAAGCUUGGAACUGGAAGGUGGCGUGAUGUCAAAAUGCGAGCUUUUGAUAAUGCCAAACACAGAACUUAUGUCGAUUUAAAGGACAAAUGGAAAACACUGGUGCACACAGCGAGAAUAUCUCCUCAACAAAGGAGAGGUGAGCCCGUGCCUCAAGAACUCCUUGACCGGGUCCUAAUUGCUCAUGCUUAUUGGUCCCAACAACAAGCUAGGCAACAGAUGAAACAUCAAUCCGAGACGCGUCUUUUGCUUUAAGAAGGUUGUAAAGAAUAAACUAGCUGCAGUUACUGGAGGAAGAUAAGUAAGUAGAUGGGGUUUUGGGGAUUUUUUUUGUUUUGUUAAUAAUAAAUAUUUUUAAGUGUAAAGAUUAUAACUCAGGGGAAGUAAAUUAGUUCACUUUACAUUUAGCUUCCUGCAGUGGGAUCUGUUUCCUGCAUAGAAGGGAGAGUUGGGGUUGGCACUUGUACAUGUUUGAAAAUAAAGUGCUUACUAACACAAAUUUUUGUAUCAAGGCUUUGUAAUCAGCUUAAAUUCUUGGUUUUUGGACAAGAAAUUCUUUUUAUGGCAACAAUAGGGUGUUGUAGUUUAUUGUUUACUUUGUGCAGUAGGAAGAGAAAAAAGGCAGAUAUAGUUGUUAUGUAGAGAGGCCUAUUUGAUUGUAGAAACUUGUGUGUUGUAGUGAUUCUCCAAUUCUUUUUGCAUCAAAAAAGAGAAUUUCUAUUCAAGACUACCUUUUUUUUUUUUUUUUUUU